AACCGCCACCUGGGGGAGGAGAGGAAAAGCCCAUGCGUUUGGAUGUUCUGUGUUCACAGCUGCCCAUGGUGUCUGCGCGCUUCUCUCUGGGGGUGGCUGCGAUGAGAGGGAUGUUCCUGGUGCUGCUCUGCGUCUCCCGAUCUUCCGCCAGUUGCGGCAUCCAGAAAAGCAACAUUGUGGAGACUUCAGAGGAGGGUCUGGUCAACGAAGAGGAGUUCCCAUGGGUGGUGUCGCUGCAGGAUUCCCAGUAUACCCACCUGGCUUUUGGCAGCAUCCUCAGUGAGUUCUGGAUCCUCAGCAUCGCAUCUGCCUUUCAGAACAGGAAGGAUGCUGUCGCUAUAGUGGGUAUAGCUAAGAUGGAUGCAAAACUGAUUGCUCAUGAAGAGUAUCCAGUCAACACCAUCAUCAUCCAUGAGGACUUUGAUAAUGUAACGAUGAAAAACAACAUAGCCCUGCUGAAGACAGACACGGCGAUAAAGUUCAACAGCCUGGUCCAACCCAUUUGCUUCCUCGGCAGAAAGCUGCAUAUGCCACCCACCUUGGAGAACUGCUGGGUGGCAGGAUGGAAUCCUACAUCUGCAACAGGAAAUCACAUGACGAUGAGUAUCCUGAGGAAAAUCUCCGUGAAUGACAUCGACCUGUGUCCCUUAAACAAAAUCCAGAAGACAGGAUGUGGCAAUCACAUAGAGCUGGAAACCGACUCCGUCUGCUUGGGGGACCCCGGAAACCCAAUGAUGUGCCAGCUGAAGGAACUGAGUCUGUGGGUGCUGAGAGGAAUCCUGUCCCAAGGUGGUGAGAAGUGCCCCGGCCUGUUCCUGUACAUCAAGGUGGAAGACUUUAGCGACUGGAUCACGUCCAAGACCAAGAGGACCAGCCCUCCCCUGUCUUCUUUCCACCACUGGGAGAACACAAUUCAUCUCUCCGGCUACUCAUCGAAUGCUGCCGUGACACAGCAAACACAGUCUGGGCUGAGCCAGGUUGGAUGGUCCCAAGCACACCUCCAAGGACAAAAUAGGGCCACCAUGCAUUCACAGCCAACAAAUGGCACUCAAGCAAGUCUAGACUUUAGGGAAAAGGGUCUAAGGGAGUUAGGCAGGACUGAGGUGAACACACAACCCAUGUACUAUGACUACUAUGGUGGGGAUGCUGGGGAGGGCCGGCCUCUAGCAGGUCAGAACAGGUUACAUCAGCCCCAAGCAAUUACCUUGUUUUUCUUUGUGCUUGUUUUCUUUUGCAAUUGGAUCUUAGUCUAG